UGCUAAACUUUUAUUCUUGGCAAUUUUUUGCCUAACUUUUCAAUUUUCAACAAGUGACCUUGCGAGUUGGCCACCACUCGAUAAACCACCACCGACCAAUGCUGAAUUUACUUCACUCGUGGAUUUAACAAAGGUUAGAAAUGCUCCUCUUAACAAUGUGUCAAAUAUUGCAAAUGGAACCUGCCCAACUUCAGAUACGUAUUGUUACUGGCCUUGCUCUAAAUGUACUCGCAAUACCGAUAUUUUAUAUUGCCCAACUUUGAAUGAUUGGGGUCUUACUUUUGAUGAUGGUCCAACUAAUUACACAAUAGCCAUCCUUGAUCUUCUCAAAAAACAAAAUCUAAAAAUUACUUUCUUCGUUGUUGGCUCUCGAGUGAUCUCAUAUCCAGACAUCUUAUUGAGAAUGUUUCAAGAAGGUCAUCAAAUCGGUGUCCACACAUGGUCUCACUCCUACCUUACCACUCAGGCUACUGAUGUUGUUAUUGCUGAAUUAGAAUGGACUGCUGCAGCUAUAAAAAAUGUAACUGGUGUCAGACCAAUAUACAUGCGUCCACCAUUUGGUGAUUUUGAUGAUCGCAUACGUGAUAUAUGCGCUCAACUCGGUUAUAAAGUUGUUAUAUGGGAUAAAGAUUCUGCCGAUUGGCAUUUCAGUGAUACAGGUUUUCAAACAUCAUGGAUUACUUCAAAUUUCUCUAGUUGGAUGAAUGAAACUUCUACUACUGGUCAUAUAUCUCUUCAACAUGAUUUAUAUGAUGUAACUGCUGCUCAAGCCCCAGCAGUUAUUGAUAUUCUUUUAAAAGCUAAGCGUAAUGUUAAGCCAGUUGCCGAUUGCUUAGGUUUCCCUGGAAUAUUUUAUAACGAUAGUAAACCUCCUGUUGCCACCACUGCCCCACCUGCUCAGCUUCUUUUUAGUAUUUGGUCUUAA